AUGAAUUCAUUACCUCACUGUCCUCUGAUGAAAACAAUCCAUACAACACCUAACCCCAAAUGCCCAGUAGACUUUCGAUUGUUUCCUGGGAUGGCGACAAAACUGACAUUUAACAGCCAGGAUAAUAGAGAUGUGUUAUACGUGAUUUUCUCCAGAUUGAUUGAGCUGUUUGAGAAUCUUGUGAGCAGAGAAACGAUCGAAGAUGGAUUUGUUUUGGAAAGCAAGGAUAAGCUAGUUGCAUGUUUAUUGAAAGGCUUGGUGGCAGUG